GCAGAGGACGGAUGUGGCAGGGGAAGAGCCUCGUUGCAAAGGUCAGAAAGGAUGUGAAGCUGCCCGAGGGUCAACCUGACUUGGGAUUCCAAUGGAGGCACGUCGGAGACGGCAACGCCCCUCGCCUCACAUCUGUGGCUCGGUCCUCCUUCGUCGGUUCGGUGGCCAAGGUUGGUGACUGCUUGCUGCGUGUCAACGGCCUUGACAUGGCCAUGAUGACCGAGAAGCAAAUCGGAGAUCUCCUGAAACAGCGGCGAGUCCUCGCCUGUCCGAGCCGAGAGAAAAGCGCCGUGCACCCACAGCCCGAGAUUCUACGGGAAAUCUUGUUGCAAGUCCUGAGCGAGGUGCAGGUGAAGGAUGUUGAGCUUGUGUGCACCUCGCUGCGCCCAAUCAGCAUCUUCGACCUUGCGCCAGCUGUGCUGGAAGAUCGAAAUUCAGUGGCCUUCGCCUUCAAGGUGUCGGCUUCCGAUCCCAACGACCUCGAGCCAGUGCGCGAGAUGCUGCUCCUCGAGGCGGAGUCCGGUGGGGCGCGCCACCUCCUACCACUUCUGGUGCAGAAGGCCAGCCACUCCUUCAGCCGCUUGCGCCUGUCCGUGAGAAGACACAGCCCUUUGCAGCCCCAAAACCGGCCGCGCUAUCAGCCUGGAGCGCCGUAA